AUGGCGUGUUCCAAGAAGACUCUCGCAAUUGUCGUUGUUCCGCUGCUGAUGGCUCUCCUUGCCUCGGCCGUUCCAGCAAGCCAAGGCAGUCGUGCCCUGUUAGGAGCAGAGCAGUGCUCCAAAUCUAACAACGGCAACGAACAGUCGUGUGGGGCGACGUGCGCCGUCUUGGGGUUGAAUGUUGUUGGGCCUUCUCUACCCAAUUCCCAAUGA